AUCCGCCAUAUUGUUUGCUGAAGCUACCGCUGAAUCUGCUACGGCUGAAGCUGCCGCCGCUGCUGCAGCUACCGCGGCCAAGUCUGAAGCGAGCGGAGCCGCGAUGGAGACCAUGGCAAGCCCGGGGAAAGAUAAUUAUCGAAUGAAGAGCUAUAAGAACAAUGCCCUAAACCCUGAAGAAAUGAGGCGAAGAAGAGAGGAAGAGGGCAUUCAGCUCCGAAAGCAGAAAAGGGAGCAACAACUUUUUAAAAGAAGAAAUGUGGAACUGAUUAAUGAAGAAGCUGCCAUGUUUGAUAGUCUCCUCAUGGACUCUUACGUGAGCUCUACUACUGGGGUAAGGCCCUUGCAUGUGCCUGAGGCAGGCCUGGAGCAUACCUGCUUCUACAGAACAAAUUGGAUGGAGAGUGUGAUCACAAGAGAGAUGGUGGAGAUGCUCUUUUCUGAUGAUUCUGACUUACAGUUAGCAACCACACAGAAAUUUCGGAAACUGCUCUCCAAAGAGCCUAGUCCUCCAAUAGAUGAAGUUAUCAACACUCCAGGAGUAGUUGAUCGGUUUGUGGAAUUUCUGAAGAGGAAUGAGAAUUGUACGUUACAGUUUGAAGCUGCGUGGGCUCUAACAAACAUCGCCUCUGGAACCUCUCAGCAGACAAGAAUUGUUAUUGAAGCAGGAGCUGUCCCAAUUUUUAUAGAGCUGCUUAACUCAGACUUUGAGGAUGUACAGGAGCAGGCAGUCUGGGCUCUGGGAAACAUAGCUGGAGACAGUUCCGUUUGCCGAGAUUACGUCUUGAACUGUUCCAUCCUUAAUCCUUUGUUAACACUCCUUACCAAGUCCACAAGACUGACAAUGACGCGGAAUGCAGUUUGGGCUCUGUCAAACCUUUGCAGAGGGAAGAACCCACCCCCAGAAUUUGCAAAGGUCUCUCCUUGUUUGCCUGUAUUAUCUCGCCUACUCUUCAGCAGUGAUUCAGACUUGCUGGCAGAUGCUUGCUGGGCCCUCUCUUACCUGUCUGAUGGCCCCAACGAGAAGAUCCAGGCAGUUAUAGACUCUGGAGUCUGCCGGAGAUUGGUAGAGCUUCUCAUGCACAACGAUUACAAAGUGGCUUCUCCUGCUCUGCGAGCUGUGGGUAACAUUGUCACUGGGGAUGACAUCCAGACACAGGUCAUUCUUAACUGUUCAGCCCUUCCUUGCCUACUCCAUUUGUUGAGCAGCUCCAAGGAGUCAAUUCGAAAGGAAGCUUGCUGGACCAUUUCAAACAUCACUGCUGGCAACAGAGCUCAGAUACAGGCUGUCAUAGAUGCAAAUAUCUUCCCUGUGUUGAUUGAAAUCCUUCAGAAAGCAGAGUUUCGUACAAGGAAAGAAGCAGCCUGGGCCAUCACCAAUGCCACAUCAGGAGGAACCCCUGAGCAGAUCAGGUACCUAGUGUCACUGGGCUGCAUAAAACCCCUGUGCGACUUGCUGACUGUAAUGGAUUCAAAGAUUGUACAAGUGGCCCUCAAUGGACUAGAGAACAUCCUGCGGCUUGGAGAACAGGAGGGCAAGCGCAGUGGCUCAGGGGUCAAUCCCUACUGUGGCCUCAUUGAGGAAGCCUAUGGUUUGGAUAAAAUUGAGUUUCUCCAGAGCCAUGAGAACCAGGAGAUCUACCAGAAGGCCUUCGACCUCAUUGAGCACUACUUUGGAGUAGAAGAUGAUGAUAACACCCUGGCUCCUCAAGUAGAUGAAACACAACAGCAGUUCAUCUUCCAGCAGCCUGAGGCCCCCAUGGAGGGCUUCCAGCUAUAAUGUCUGCCUCCGGGGAGGGGAGGGGAUGGGAAGCACCACCAGCCACUGGUAGAGCAGCCUUCUGGUGGGCAAGAAGCCAGCCCCCACCGCCACCUGCUGCCCUGGACACUGUGCUCUGGACCUGCUCCACCCCCUUCCCUGGAGGGAGUGCCCUCUGGACAGACAGAACCAUCUGAGGCUCACCUUUGGGUUUUGUGAAAAGAAGGGGACAUGUUGGGGUUUUCUUCCUUACACUAUAUUUUGGCUGCACACAUGUCUUUAACCCAGGAGCCCGGGGGUAGACAAAGGAGGACUUGAGGUAAUCAUUUUGCACCUUUCUUUUUUGUUUUGUUUUUGUUUUUCUUUAAUGGUGACUUUUUUUUUUUUAAUCUUCCUUCAUCCUUCCUAGUCUUCUGCCCUGAUCAAUGUAACUCUUAUUUUGGGUACGUGAGCAGAUGGAAUAUUCCAGAGGUGGCAGGGGAGGGGAGAAAUCCAAAACAAAGUGUUCUUGCUCUGACGGAAUAUUAAUCUUGUAUGCUUGGAUUGAGUUAUUUAAUUUUUUCUUUUGCACAUUUUUCUUGUAUAUUAAGGUUGCUCUUCCCAAGAGCUGUGAGUUCCUGGUUUUAGGAAUCCCAGCUGCCAGCACUGUCUGGGAUUAGAGGUGAUGGGGAGGCCACAACAAGACAAAGCCUCCUUCCUCUCUUACCCUUUUCCCGGACCUCUUUAAUUUGGGACACACCCUUACUCUCCUGGGCCAAGUACACCCGUGGGAGUGGAGGGGAGGAGCACAGGCUUCCAGACAGGGCUUCGUGUGUAGCUACUGACCCCAUGUUUCCUACCCACCUUCCAAAUGGUGCAACCCAACUUCAUUUUUUACUUGAAAAUUUCCCUCAGAGGCAGUGAACCUCUGAGGUAGCUGUAUUUUCUCCUAAGCUCAAGAUGGGGCUGUGGACCCUCCUUUCUUCUGAGGAGAAAGUCCUUGCUCUGGUGACCCAUAAGUUUCAGAGGAAGUUGAAGUGAGACUGCCCAGCGUUAGGGUAGUCAGGGAUUCCUGCCUUUGGCUUUUCUUCUUCCUCUUCCAUAGUUGGAUCAUGUAUAUUUUACUUCCAAAGGAGAGAAUGUCAAAACGUUCUGUAUUUUUUUAUAUUCUAUAUAUUACGUAGGGUAAUCUUAAUUGAUCUUAAGAGGAGGAACUGUCUGUAAUUUUUGUGAGUAGUAUACUGUGAGGAAGACCAAAAAGAUACAUGGAAGCUUCCCCACUUAGAAGGCCUGAACUUGGUCCUUUAUCUGUGCUUGGAUUCUAGGCCAUGACCUGGGACCAACCCUCAGUUCUGCACCCUUUAAGCAGAUCAGCCAGCAGGGUGUGUUGUUCCUAUAAAUGGAGAGGGCAAGGAUGGCCUCAGAGCCUAGUGAAAUCUGCCUCUAGUCCUUCCUGCUGAACAUCCUACUUACAUCAGGAAACCCAGAAAGUAGUCUGCUUUCCCAAAUUCAGUUUCAAAGGCUGUUAUCCACAUACGUUAGCACACACAGCUGCCUCUUCUAUUACAACGAAACCUAACAGCUCCUGUGAGAGCUGUUGCUAUCUUCCCUAUUUGGGAUGCUCGGCCCUGUCAUUGGGUUUUCCCUUCCUUGUGGCAGUUAUAAUCCAGAUGCCUUUUCUCCUGAGUAAAGCUCGUGCAAUGCAGGGUGUCUCACCUAUGCUCCUGAGUGUGUUACCCAGGAUAAUAACUGGGAAUAGGGUUGGCCAAAGAUGCCCUGCCCCUGCAUCCCCACAGUAAUUAAUCAGAGGUGUCCUGUUCUUAAGCUCUGCCUUUUCUUCCCAAGAAACAUACCAUUCUUGCUCCCAUUCUUAUGUUAUUCCCUCUUGGUUCAAGUGAAACCUGUACCCUUCACUUACAGAUCUAAAGUUCAAGCUCUUUUUGUUGGCCUUUUGUCUUACAUUUGUCUCCUCCUUAUAGUGUUGAAACCCCCAUCCAGAGACAUUUUCUAAGGAAGGUGGCUUAGGAGAACAGGAUCCUUUUUAGUGAGCCUGCUCUCUCCAUUACAGAACUAUUCUCCUUGCUGGGUGUGAUGGUGCAUGCCUGUUCUUCCAGCACUCAGGGGGCUGAGGCAGGAAGAUCGCCACAAGUUCAAAGCCAGCCUGAACUACAUAACAAGACCUUGUGUUGCUUUAAAAUUUUUUUAAAAUUCUCCUACAGUUUGAAGCAAAGUUAUUUCCCACCCUCUCCCUCACCCCACUGUCCUUGUCCAAAGGGCAGAGUGGUUUAAUAGGAUAUACUUUGUACAUCUCAAGCAACAAACAGUUAACUCUCUAACAUUGGAGCCAUUUUCUUAGUGUAAGACACAAAUGUCCUGCUUUUCCAACUGCUCCUCCAAAAUCUAUUUUGACUUUAGAUCUGGGUCCUGUACCAGAUGGAAGAUUCCUUUUUGGUCAUGUAGCUGCUGCUUAAAUCCAGUUUUCUCUAAAGACUUCAAAUUCUACUGGGGGCACAAUAUGAGAUUUAACAGAAAUCAGAUUUAAGAGGAAAGUAAUUUCUACAAGCUUUCCUUUGUGUCUUCCCCAGACUGUUUCCCCUUUAUCUUCCUCAAGUUCCCUUUCAGUCCACAAAAGUCCUUCCAGCCCACAAAGGCAGUAACCUUUUUUUGUAUGUUUUCCUCCUCUUUGGCCACUUUGUGAAGAGCUAACCUAUGAACAGACCUUGGCCUAAGUAAGAUCAAAGCCUUUCUGGCAGGUUUUUGGAUCUUGCCAGCAUAAAAGGUCCCCCUUGCCUGCUGUACAAAAUAAUUUGAUAAGCUAAGGUAUGUUUUUUGAAUCCUCAUGUGUUGGAACAGGGUCAUAUAUCCAUUUUAAGAUCUCUGAUGAGGGUGGGCAUAUCUAGAUGUAUAUUAAGAGGACAAGGAGGCUUUUUCUUUUUCUUUGCUCAUAUUUUCAAGUACUAUCAGCUAUUCUUUUUUGCCAGGCCCCCUAGGCACCCUCCCCCCCAGAUCUCUAGUAUUUAUAGGGUGUCUAGUCUUUGAAGCUUGCUUUCACUUUCAAACAGUCCCCAGUGACCACCUGGCCUUGCUGCUGCAAUUUUCUGGUAGAACCCCAUGAGUACCAUCCUCCCUCUGCCAGCCUGGCUAGUCAGGUCUGUCGACACAAAUGUGACCUGCUGAAGAACAGUUGUUGAUGACCCCAGUGUUCCCCUUUACUUAGAACCCUAAAACCCUUAGACCUACUAGUUCAGCCCUGUUUGCCCUGGAAGCCAUUUCUCUCCCAGGAACCUCCCUCUCUCCCUCCCUCUACCCCCGCUUCCUCCCUCUCCCUCUCCUUUCUUUCACUAAACCACACAAAUCAUAGCUGCUGUUGUGCUUAGUUGAGAAAAAAUGAACCCAAAGGAGUUCAAAAGGAAAUCUCUAACAAAAUGAAAUGCAUGUCCAUAUUCUUAGUGUGCCUACCUGGGAGGCAGAGAGGAAAACCAAGCAAUACUAACUCCUCACCCCACAUGAUAGGCCCCAUCUCUUUCAGGCCUACUCUCUUCUCCCUUUUGUUCAGUUUGAUAUCCAGUGUCUUAUGUGUUCCUCAGUAGACUUAUAAGCUCAGAUUCUGGUUUCUCAAGUUAAAGGCAGAGUGCUAGCUCCUCCAUGUCUCUGCAAGCACUCCAGUGACCCAGUAGGGAGGACAGGCUGGCUAGGGGCCUUGCUGGUGGGCUGGGGAAGAAUAUAAGGCUUAAUGCACUGAACCCUAGGAAAUGCUUAUGACUAGUUGCAGCAUCUUAUAGGUAGUACUGCCCUAGAAGGUAGUGGAGGUGAAACUGACAGACUGCUUAGAGUGGGUUUUCCCUAGUCAUUUAGGCUUGCACAAUUUAGACCACCAACCCUAUCCAGUGGAUCCAUGUGGUGGACAUCAGCUGCUUUUGGACGAAAUCCUUCAAAAAUGAUUCAGUCAUCCAUUAUCCUCUCACAGAACACAAGACCUUUGCAAGAAGUUAUCAGUGCCAACCAAAUCUCUGAAUUUUCCUCUAAGAGGGCAUUUUGCUUGAGGCCUGGACUCUGCAGGACCAAAGCUGGCUUUGAGAGAAAUAACAGUGUCAACUUGGGGGCCUAGAACAGCUUAGGAGAAAGGUGUGUUUGGUUUGUGUUCAAGAGCUUAGGCCUAUCUACCUACUUCUGGAGGGCCAGCCUAACCAAUGCCCACAUUAGCCUAAAUAUUCUACCACACACUAGUCCUGCUGUCCUGGGUAAGUCUGAUUUCAGGCCCUGGGUUGGGGGGGGGGGCUGUAUACUAUAUCCAGAGGUCUGUGAAGGAAGUUAGAGCCGAGACUAGCUGAGAACCUCUGACCUGUCCUUUAAAAGAAGUCCACAGUAUGUGACACUUGGAUCCUGGAGUGGGAUGUUGGCUUUUUUAGCCAACUUUUGUUGGAACUGCCUUUUCCUGGCCUUUUAAACAAGAGAAGGUGUUACAGGGUCUGAGCCACCCAGCAGACAAGAUGUCCUCCAAAAACAGCUUGGCUUUUUCCUAAAGAUCCUAGGGAGGUGAAUCAAAUCCUCUUCACUGGUUUUUCUUUCCAAAUUUCUUUUGCUUUUA